AUGGUGAAUCUGAAUGCCAACGUCGUGAUGAAUUAUGCAAACAUGCUUAGAUAUGCGAUAAAAGUUCCAAUAUUACUUCCAGAGUAUUACGAUCAAUGGGCAGAUCGUAAGGAAGACUAUCACAACAGGAUAGAUGAAGAUCUUUGGCGAUAUAUUGAAAUAAGACCUUAUCGUGCUGAUCUUAUUCAAAUAGUUGGAAAUGCUAAUGUUGUUGAAGACACGAUUGCUCAAGAAAAUAAGAAGAAGGUGAAUGACAAAAGGUAUCUUUGUGAACUGCACACAACUUUGCCACCAGUUGUUUACAACUAUGUUCGAGGCUAUAAAACCGCAAAAGAAAUUUGGGACACUUUGAAGGAUAAAUAUCAAGGUAAUGAAUGA